AUGGCUUCGGGCAAAGAGAUUACGAGUCCGCCCUAUGAGGAGAAGGAGUCGGCGGUCGAUGCUCCGCCGCCCGAGAUGAUACAGCACAUUGAUGAUAAGAUCCUGAAGCAUUCGCAUGAUGCGGAUGCGGCGAUGAAAGCGUUUGAAGGGUACGAAGGGCAGACGUUGGAGCUGAGCGAGGAGACGAACAGGAGGUUGUUGAGGAAGAUUGAUAGACACUUGAUGCCCAUCUUGUGUAUUGUGUACGGCUUGAAUUAUCUGGAUAAGACGACCUUGAGCUAUGCCUCGAUUAUGGGCCUUAAGCUACCGCCUUCGGACGACAAGCUCAAGAGUGGGAUUGGCAUUUCGGGGCCGGAGUACUCGUGGCUGGGGAGCUUGUUCUACUUCGGGUACCUGGCGUGGGAGUACCCAACGAGUCGUCUGCUGCAACGGCUACCGUUGGGCAAGUACUCGGCGUUCAACAUCAUCAUGUGGGGCAUCGUACUGUCUUGCUUCGCCGCGGUAGAGAACUAUUCUGGGGCAAUUGCAAUCCGGUUCUUCCUGGGCGUAUUCGAAGCUGCUGUCACGCCAGGGUUUGCCCUUUUUACGUCUCAAUGGUAUACGAAGAAAGAGCAGGGUUUCAGGACAGGUAUCUGGUUCAGCUUCAACGGCUUUGCACAGAUCUUCGGCGGUGUCGUCGCCUACGGUAUCGCGGUCGGCGCUCGCAAGCACGGUACUCUGAUCGAGCCCUGGAAGCUCAUCUUCCUUGUGACCGGCCUACUCACGUCCGCGGUCGGCGUGCUUUUCCUUUGGAUUGUUCCGGACAACCAGCUCAACUGCCGCUGGCUCAGCAAAGAAGAUCAAAUCCUUGCCAUCGAGCGCAUCAGAGUGAAUGGCCAGGGUGUGGGAAACAAACACUUUAAACUGUACCAGCUGAAGGAGGCUUUUCUGGACCCGCUAGCUUGGGCAUUCUUCUUCUACGCGCUCGUAGCGGAUAUCCCCAAUGGUGGACUGUCGAAUUUCUUCUCUCAACUCAUCGUGGGCUUCGGAUAUACGCCUGAGGAGUCUUUACUCUACGGUACUCCUGGAGGCGUCGUCGAGAUCGUUGCGCUAAUUGGGUGUGGAUGGCUCGGUGACAAGUUGGGCUACCGUGUCCUCGUCUCCAUGAGCGGAAUGUGUCUCGCGCUCCUGGGCAUGAUACUCAUCGUCGCGCUCCCGCUAUCCAACAACAAAGGCCGCCUCGCAGGGUACUACCUCACGCAAGCCAGUCCAACACCCUUCGUCGCCAUCCUCAGCCUCAUAUCCAGCAAUAUCGCAGGCUACACCAAAAAGACCACCGUCGCCGCUAUGUUUCUCAUAGGGUACUGUACGGGUAACAUCAUCGGACCACAAACGUUCCGCCCACAAGACGCACCGCGCUACAUCCCCGCAGAAAUCACGAUUAUUGUGUGCUACGCAAUAUGUCUGGUCAUUAUGGCGUUUAUCCACGUCUACUGCGUCUGGCAGAAUAAGAAGAAAGAGAAGAUCCGCAAUGCAGAGGGAUAUAUCAGGUUGGAGAACCAGGAGUGGUUGGAUUUGACGGAUAGGGAGAACCCUGAGUUUGUGUAUACCCUAUAG